GGGCAGGGCCACCGAGCGGCUGCUGUGAGGUUGAGAUAAGGGCGGGGAGCGCCGGGGGCUGCAGGCUCAGCGGCUGGCCAUGCUGCCGGGGCAGGGGCAGGCUGCUGAUGAAAUCGGGGCGCGAGUGGUGUCCCUCUCCGGGUCUCCUGCGGGGCCAGGGCUGAGUGCAGCGGGGGGAAUAGCGGGACUUGGCGGUGAGGUUUCUUCCCCCCUGCCACCGGAGGUGGGGACCUGGCGAUCCCCGCCCGUGCAAUCCCGUAGGAGGAGGGGGUUGGGGGCUCCCCAAAGAGCAGGGCCCGUCAUCACGUGUGUAACUGGUGCCCAAAGCAGGGUCGUGCCCUGAGAACUCUUUAUCUCCCCUGCUGAUGCUUGGCACGUGUUGGCCACUAUGCCCAGCUCGGGAUCUGAGCAGCCGAGAACUGCCCGGAACGGGUGCGUCUCGCAGCGCUUGCACCCCCGGGGGAGCGCUUUCAUCAGCUCACCCAGUUGCCGGAAGCUCAUGGCGGCGCCCACUGGGGGAGCGGUGUAGUUGAUGAACCCGUACGCUGGCGAUUUCCUUCCGCCUUAGCCAUGGCUGCCAGGAGGGCGGCUCGGACCGGGCUAAACGGGCUCUUCGCUGUGUACAAACCCCCCGGGGUGGCUUCGAUCAGGGUGCGGGACACCGUGGAGACCCUGCUCCUGAAAGAACUGAACUCUCUGGAACAGCCAGCUGUGCAGCAGCAAGUACGCUUCCUGCCAACCACCGUAGAAGGAAAUGCUGGGAAAGAGCUGACCCUCACUGUUACCCAGUUGCCUGUCCUGGCUGCCCACCCCCUAGUUAGAGGACCAGAGUUCACUCACUUGAAAAUCGGAGCAGGUCACCGUCUGGAUACAAAGUCAUCUGGAGUGUUUGUGCUUGGAGUGGGCCAUGGGAGCAAGCUGCUCACUGAUAUGUACAACGCCCAUCUUACUAGGGCUUAUACUGUUCGUGGACUGUUUGGCAAAGCCACAGAUGACUUCUCAGACACAGGCAGGCUAAUAGAGAAGACCACAUUUGAUCAUGUCACAAGGGACAAGCUGGAGCGAAUUCUUGCUGUCAUUCAGGGAACCAAUCAUAAAGCUCUGCUGAUGUACUCUAACAUUGACCUGAAAACUCAAGAGGCCUACGAGCUGGCUGUUGAAGGUUUAAUUCGCCCAAUGGAAAAAACUCCUCCAUUAAUCACAGCAAUUCGAUGCCUGCAAUUUGCACCUCCAGAAUUCCAGCUAGAAAUCCAGUGUUUGCAUGAGACCCAGCAGUACCUACGAAAGAUAGUUCAUGAGAUUGGCUUGGAGCUGAAAUCAACUUCUGUGUGCACCCAGGUGCGGCGGAUACGGGAUGGCUUUUUCACACUUGACAAUGCUCUCCUGCGAACGCAUUGGAACCUGCAGAAUAUCCGGAAUUCAAUUCAGGACUCAAAGAGCAAAGUGAAAGUGGGGCUUCAGAGAAGCUUGAGCUGCCAAGCUAGGAGCGGUAAAAGACAUACCGAUAUGGAUCAGGUUGCAGAGAGCAAACUGCACAGUACAGAGGGAAUGUCUGCAAGCGAUCUGACUCAUAAAAUGAGAUAACCACAUGCUGACUGGCAGGUGGAGAGUAAUAGGAAGGGGAAAUGGUGGUUACAGUUCACAAAUAGCCCUUCCUUGGGAUGGUCCUUGAUUUUGUAAGGGUUGCUUGUGUCUUCAUUCAGGCAAGGCAUUUCUCCAUUGACAGGCAGAAUAAUUUUUGUAAGUAUUGCACAACACUGCUGCAAAACUGUUGAUAUCUGAGAUGAGUGUACAUUUCCUUGCAAAGCCAAAACUGCUGCUGACUUCAGUGGGAAUAUCAGGUUGGUGAGGGAUGUAAGAGCAGGCCCUUCAAUUAGUUUAGAGAUGGGAAUACAACCAAUGUGUUGCAGGCUUUACUUCUUUUAUUCUCUUUAUGCGCCUUGUGACAGUGUGUGACCUCAGUGGUUCUUUUCCCAAUUUCAAAUAUAUAUAUAUUUUUUUAUGACACUUCCUAUAGAUCAGCCCCAUUUUCAAAUACAUGAAAGGGGUAAAGAUUAAUUGUUCAAACCAAGAAAGGGUUCUGCCUAGGGGAAACUACAAUGUAAGUAACUAAGACGAAAGUAGCGAGGUAAUACUAUUUCUCACGCAGGGUAACUAAUAUCUGGAGUAGGUUAAUCAGAGAGCUAGUUGAAGCGGGAGAAAGGAGAGAGAGGCUUAUUAUAGGAAGACUGGAGUAGGAUGUAAAAACAAGAAGUUGGAAUGGGGUGAAUUAAAAUCCAAGGUAAUAUAUUUUAUGGGGAAAGAUGCUAUUAUUUGAUACGUAAAUUUAAGUCAAUGGGGCCAAAGGCCCCUGCAUUUUGUUUGCAUGCAUCCAUAGUCCAUCAUUUUAUUUUUUCCUGCCCUUCAGCAAAAUUGUAUGUUACCUUUAAAGAGAAACAGCAAGGGAGUACAGUUUCAGAAUUCACUGAGAUUCCAUUAGUGCUCAUUUAAAGCUACAAAUCACUAUUUUACAUAAACAAUGACAGGUACAUUAGCAAUUAGCUAAUGUAUUUCUAAAAUGUGUAAGGCUUAAAGUGUGAUGCCAAGAUGUACUAAAGGAUUGCAAUCUAA